CCCCAAACACCAAGUGGCACCUAGAGAGAGAGGCUAUCAAUACACAGCAGGCAUAUCCAGGUAAAACCAGCUUGGUUCUGAACUUUGAAACCUAUUUUUAUAUGAGAAGUAAAAGAGACCCCACAGUCAUGGUUGUUGACGGAUGGAGAAGGAGAGGUUGGAUGGGGAGUAGGAACAAUAGUAUAGUAUGAUAGAGUGAGUUGAGUUGUUUGUAAAGCUGCAUAUGAUAGGGAUUCAUAGAUUUUUUGAGUUGGUAAAGAUAUCAUUUGGUAUGCUGAAAUGUUUGUAUUGAAAGAUAUGAUUGAGCAAGUGAGGAGUUUGCAGAAUAGAGUAUUAUGGAAUGUGUGUUGUUUGUAGUGUUAGGUUUGAUUGAGUCAGGGGGUUGCAGAACUGGUUAUGACACAGACUGAGGCUUGCACGGUUGGACACGAUAGACAGGGAAAGAUGGAAUCACUGAUUUGAAAGGUUGCGCAUUAGGCUAUGAGAAUAACAUGGAUCUUCUUAGGGGAUUACUCUGGGCCCUAGUUAUAGCCUACGGUCAGGAAAAACUCCUGGCCCCAGGACAAAGUGACCUCCUGGAGAUAGAAAGGGUAGAAUACAGCCCCUCAGGUCCUUAUUCUCAGCUCAGGUUAUGUCUGCACCAAUGUGCUCUUCUGCUCUCUGAAGUGGACGCAAAUCUUGACUGAUUCAAAGGAGUAAAAGGAUCCAUUACUAUUGAGAGGACUGAUGGUCAUCAUUGUGAAAUGAAUGUCAUCAUGGUGUCUGUGUUUCUCUUCUCUCUGUCUCUCUCCUGAUUGUGCUCCUGAAAGAAGAGUAACCAGUGGACCAGGAGGAUGUCGGAGCAGCAGAGCGCCCCUGAGCAGCUGGCUGCAGGGAAAAGCCAGGGUGGAGCAGGAGCCACUUACAAGGUACUGUAUCCUCCCUCUCCCCAUCUAUCAUCUCCUCUGUGUAUUUCUCCCUAUACUCUUGUGAUCGUUCUCUUCAUUUCUUUUUCUCUCCUUUGCCCACUUCUCUAUUUUCCCACUUCUCUAUAAACCCUCUUCCUUAGUCCCCCAUAUAUUUCCUCUAUUUAUACUGUAAGCUUGACUUUCUCAAUAUGACUCUUUCCUCCUCUUUCCCCUCUCUGUCUCUCCUCCUCUCUGAUCCAGGUGGUGCUGUUUGAGUUCGAGAAUUUCCAGGGCCACAAGGCUGAGUUUUCUACCGAGUGUAAAGAUGUUUCAGAGAAGGGCCUGGAGAAGGUGGGCUCUGUGCUGGUUGAGUCUGGCCCGUGAGUACUGGUGCAUUGGUGUCAUUCACAGACAGUCAUAUUCUUACACAUACAGAAUAUGUAUUUUCAGGUUCAGGUUAAGUGUUAACUCUUUUUAAAUUAUACUGUAUAUCUGUUACCACAUAUUGCCAAAUACAACGUCAUACAUGCUGAGGAGAGAUAUUCUAACUCAGCCUCGUCCUUGUCCUCUCUCCUGUCAGAUGGGUGGGGUAUGACCGCCAGGGGUUUGCAGGUGAGCAGUUUGUCCUGGAGAAAGGCGAGUAUCCACGCUGGGACACCUGGACCAACAGCCAGUACAGCUACUCCUUCUGGUCCAUGCGGCCUCUCAAAGUGGUGGGUAGCACUCAAACAAUGUCUACACAUACCCCGUGUAGCUCAGUUGGUAGAGCAUGGCGCUUGCAACGCCAAGGUUGUGGGUUUGAUUCCCACGGGGUACCUGUAUGAAAAUGUAUGCACUCACUACUGUAAGUCGCUCUGGAUAAGAGCGUCUGCUAAAUGACUAAAAUGUAAACAUGCUCAACAUACUCACUGACCAUGUUCACGCGUUUACCAUCUCACCACUCUGCAUUCUCUAUCAACAUUCUCUGAGCCACAAUCUAUCUGCAGUAUUAAAGCUGAUUUAUCCCUUUAAAAAAGUAAUAAUAUAUAAAAAAUGUAAUACUAAAAAAACGAACAUUCUCUGAGUAUCUCAAUACUCCCGUUUAUCAUUUUUGGCAUCUUUAGCAUCUCAGUACUCCUCUGUUUAUCUCAACACUCUCAGAUUAUCUCAACACUCUUUAACCAUUGCAGAACUCCAUGUUCAUCUCAACAGUCACUUAUCAUCUCAGCAGACUGCUCUCAUUUGCUAUCUGAAUACUCACUGAUUACCUCAAGACUCUCUCUAUCUCAACAGUCAGCUCUCAAUAAACAUCUUAACACUAAGUGUAUCUAUCUGUUUGUGUGUGUGCAUAUCUCAAUUUCUCCUCUUUAGGAUAGUGCCGAACACAAGCUCCAUCUGUUUGAGAGCCCAGGCUUCACUGGUAGAAAGAUGGAGAUUGUUGAUGAUGACGUUCCCAGUUUGUGGGGACAUGGUUUCCAAGAUCGCGUAGCAAGUGUCCAGGCCCUCAACGGAACGUAAGAGCUCCAUUUUACCCUCUCUCAAUUUCUUCCCGUUUCACCUGCUCUCUCUCUCUCUCUGUCCUUUGGGCUUUUUCUGUUUCUCUCAUGUCUCACUUCAUCUCUCGUCUUUCUCCUGGAAACCUUUAAAAGAUGGUCAAUUAUGCUAACUGUAAUAUUCUGACGUCUAUUUUGGUCCUGUCUCAUGGACUCCUUCUCUGUUCCUUUGUUGCAGGUGGGUCGGCUACAUGUACCCAGGCUACAGGGGGUGCCAGUAUGUGUUUGAGUGUGGAGACUUCAAGCACUGGAAUGACUGGGAUGCCCCUGCACCUCAGAUCCAGUCUGUCCGACGUGUGCGGGAUAUGCAGUGGCACAAGAAGGGGUGUUUCACCGUCCCUGCUCCUGCCCCUGCCCCAGCUCCUGCCCCUGCCCCAGAACCCGCACCCCCUGCACCCCCUGCCGCCUCCGGGGCCAGCUGAAGAGGAUUCUGAUCCACUUCCCCCCCAGAGCCUCUUCCAUGAGCCUCUUCCUACUAUCAGUGCCUGCCCUCUGCCUCACCCUAACCAUGGCAAAUGCUGCUCCUGCUUAGUGAGGAGAAGUGCUAUAUAUGUUUCAGUGGCAAAUAAAGUUUGUUUGACCAGAAA